GCACAGAACGUUAAAUGUGUGUGUCAACUUUCACCUCGCUGUCGCCACAGGAGCGGAACACAUCACCGCUCCCCCAAAAGACCCGUCUCCCCUCGCAGGGGUUUACAUCCAGCACUCAAGCUGCUGGGUCAUGUGACUCCAACCGAGUGGCGGUACGUGACGUGCUUGGCUCAGAAAAUAAUCUUGUCCUGCCUAAAAAAGAUGUUACCUUGAAGUUAUUGCACAAGUGAGGCACGUCGUGUGGGUCCAGGACCUUUUUGCUAUUUGCAUUAUCGUGAAGUUUUAAAGCCGGAGCUCAGUCAGAUUUACUGUGAGGGGAUUUGUCUGUGGGGUGUGCGCUGGGUUGGGGAGGUUAAAAAAACACCGGCCAGAUAGCGGCUGAUUCCGGCAGCCUUCUGGUCCAGGCCUGACGCAGCCCGAGAAUGGACGACAUGAAAACCUGUCAAGGUGCAGUAAGCUGGACCUCUUGGGUGCAGGAGGGGAAUUCUUCCCACAUCUGCAGAUGCCAUCACUGGCAAAUAAGAUAUACAACACACAAAUAACCAAUCCUGGAGACCUGAGAAGGAAAAAAGAGAUGGAAUGAAUUGCUGGAAUGCAAAAACGUUUUUCUCCAUUGAUAAAAACAAUAUUUUUCCAUACCAAGGCUCAUGCUCUAAAACAAUUAACACACUCGUUAACUGAGUUUAACUUUUUUUUUUUUUAACUGAAUUUAAUACCAAGGGAAAUCCACACUGGAAUACCAAUAUGGAAAUCCAUUUUCCCCAAAACUCUUCAGUCCAUUAAAGCGGAUUCUGUUGACCUAUAUUCAGAACAACACUAAUUUGAAGUUAUUUUUUUUUGACAUCUGACUUUAAUCUCUGAUAAGACAUCAACAGCGGACAACUGUUUUCCAUGUCUAACUUGCUGUAAACUUCCAGCACAUCCAGCCUGACGAGGACCCGAGGACUGGACGCAGCACAGGGCUUCACUUGGGCUCAACGACGAGGACCCGAGGACUGGACACAGCAGGGCUUCACUUGGGCUCAACGACGAGGACCCGAGGACUGGACACAGCACAGGGCUUCUCUUGGGCUCAACAUUUAGUUUUUCCCCUCGUCAAGUUGGCUGGCUCUUUGGGGAGAAGGGGACGACAUGCUUUGGAUUCUGCCUCUCAGCAUAGUGCUCUCCCAGUGCCACUCCGCAGUGUCGGGACAAAGAGAUGGGGAAAUCAUUAAUCAAAUCAAGGGAACCAAUCAAGCCCUGGCCGAGAUCAAGGAACUUCUGAAGCAACAGAUCCAUGAGAUCGUUUUUCUCAAGAACACGGUGAUGGAGUGCGAAGCUUGUGCGAUGCGUGGUGUGGAUCCUCCCCGAGCCUCCUGUGACCCAAACCCCUGCCACCCCGGGGUCAAGUGUACCGAGACGCCAAACGGCAUUGAAUGUGGACCCUGCCCCGACGGCAUGGUGGGCAAUGGAACCCACUGCACAGAUGUGGACGAGUGUACCGUGAUGCCGUGUCACAUGGGCGUGCGCUGCAUCAACACCUCCCCAGGGUUCCGCUGUGGCCCCUGUCCGGCGGGAUACAUGGGCCCCCAGGUCUACGGCGUCGGACUCGCCUACGCCAUGUCCAACAGACAGGUCUGCAAAGACAUUGACGAAUGUGAAGUUGCCAACGGUGGCUGCGUACUAAAUGCCAACUGCAUCAACACACCGGGGUCGUACAGGUGUGCCUGUAAGAAAGGGUACGUCGGAGACCAGAACAGCGGAUGCCAAGCAGAGCGAGGGUGUGGCAAUGGCCAGGAAAACCCAUGCCACACCAACGCCGACUGCAUCGCUCACCAAGAUGGAACCAUCGAGUGUGUUUGUCAUGUUGGAUGGGCAGGCAAUGGUUAUUUCUGUGGACCUGAUGUUGACAUUGAUGGCUUCCCAGACCAGAAGUUGCCUUGUGCUGAGACUAACUGCAAAAAGGAUAACUGUCAGACGGUACCCAACUCUGGACAAGAGGACGUGGACAAAGAUGGCAUCGGAGACGCAUGUGACGACGAUGCAGAUGGUGAUGAAAUUCCCAACACACAGGACAACUGUGUGCUCGUGCCAAACGUGAACCAGCGCAACGUGGACCAGGACGACUUCGGCGACGCCUGUGACAACUGCCGCCUGGUGAAGAACGAUGACCAGCGGGACACUGACGGAGACGGCAGGGGCGACGAGUGUGACGACGACAUCGACGGAGACGGUAUCAAGAACGAGCAGGACAACUGUAAAAAGACGCAUAAUGUUGAUCAGAAGGACAGAGACAGAGACGGCGUUGGAGACGCAUGUGACAGCUGUCCUUACGUCCCCAACCCUGACCAGCUCGAUAAGGACAACGACCUGAUUGGGGACCCUUGUGACACCAAUAAGGACAGCGAUGGCGAUGGGCACCAGGACUCCCGGGAUAACUGCCCAGCCGUCAUCAACAGCUCUCAGCUGGACACUGAUCGGGACGGCCUCGGGGACGAGUGUGACGACGAUGACGAUAAUGACGGGAUCCCCGACCUCAUCCCCCCCGGCCCUGACAACUGUCGCCUGGUCCCAAACCCCCUGCAGGAGGACUCAGAUGGGGAUGGAAUUGGCAAUUUGUGUGAGAAUGACUACGACAACGAUACCUUCAUCGAUAAAUAUGACGACUGCCCAGAGAAUGCCGAGGUCACGCUGACAGACUUCCGGGCCUUCCAGACCGUGGUGCUAGACCCUGAGGGCGACGCUCAGAUAGACCCCAACUGGGUCGUCCUCAAUCAGGGCAGAGAGAUUGUUCAGACCAUGAACAGUGAUCCAGGCCUGGCUGUUGGUUACACUGCAUUCAACGGCGUCGACUUUGAGGGGACGUUUCACGUGAACACAGUGACCGAUGAUGACUAUGCAGGCUUCAUCUUCGGCUACCAGGACUCGUCCAGUUUCUACGUGGUCAUGUGGAAGCAGGUGGAGCAGAUCUACUGGCAGGCCAACCCAUUCCGAGCCGUGGCUGAGCCAGGCAUCCAGCUGAAGGCGGUGAAGUCAUCCACAGGACCGGGGGAGAACCUGCGGAACUCACUGUGGCAUACGGGCGACACGGCGGACCAGGUGAAACUCCUGUGGAAGGACUCACGCAACGUUGGCUGGAAGGACAAGACCUCUUACCGUUGGUUCCUCCAACACAGGCCCACGGAGGGCUACAUCAGGGUUCGUUUCUACGAGGGCCCUCAGAUGGUGGCAGACACAGGUAUCAUCAUCGACACCACCAUGAGGGGCGGCAGGCUCGGGGUCUUCUGCUUCUCACAGGAGAACAUCAUCUGGGCCAACCUGCGCUACAGAUGCAACGAUACGAUACCUGAGGACUUUGAAAGAUUCCGGACUGAACAGGUGCAGCUGACCUUCUGAUCACCGAGGGGCGCCUCUGCAAGAGUCCUUCCGUCAGCAAUACAUUCCACUAACAGGAACCAAUCACACCAGCGGCGGUGGAACCCACCAUGAGCAAACAGUCCUGCCACUCUAAUCAGCUUCCCUAGAGAGCGGCACUCGAGAACACGCCUCAGCGCAGCACCGUAAAGGACAUCUGAAUGUCGCCCCACACACACACACACACUCUGUCCCCACCCUGUCCAGCACGGUCACGUCUGUAUGAAGUGUACAAUGAGUAUCUACAUAUUUCAGUGCCUGUGAUGUCAUACAGUCCAGGGUAUGCCUGAGUUAUGAUUUGUUUGACAUCAACGUUUUAGUUAAAAUUGGGAUAUGAAAUAAAGGGCUUUACAGGUCUUUGAUUUUGACUAUUGAUUUAAGAAGCUAUUGUUAAUGAAGAGAUUAGUUGUUAAUGAAUGUAAUGAUGUGUGUAGGCCUAUUACAAAAGCUAUAGAACAAUAGGGUAUGUGCGACUACAAUACUGUUACACUUGGAGACGUUAUGUAUUGCUCAUGUGAGAUUAAAAUGAGACUGAAAGAUUUCAACAA